CGAUACAUACUCUCUCUCUCUCUCUCGUCACUCCGUUCGCUCCAAAAUUGACAUCGCCACCUCUGCCGAUCGCAGAUAAUCGUCAAACAUCAGAAGAAAGAACAAUUCUCUUCUUUAAUGGCGGAAUUCCUUGACCUGGAGGCCCAGGACGGCAUACGCAUGCCAUGGAACGUCUUCCCUGGCACGAAACAAGAAGCAGCCAACUGCGUCGUCCCAGUCUCUGCGAUCUACACGCCGUUGAAGCCCUUCCCCAACAUSCCAGUCCUUCCCUACUCUCCUCUCCGUUGCCGUACCUGCAGAUCGGUUCUAAACCCUUUCUCCAUUGUCGAUUAUAUGGCUAAGAUCUGGAUAUGUCCUUUCUGUUUCCAACGCAACCAUUUUCCUCCUCAUUACGCUUCGAUUUCCGAAGAUAAUCUCCCCGCCGAGCUCUUUCCUCAGUACACGACAAUUGAGUACGAAGCACCCACAGAGAGAACUGUUGUUCCACCUGUCUUCUUGUUCGUUGUCGAUAGUUGCAUCAUUGAGGAGGAGCUAGGGUUCUUGAAGUCUGCUUUGUCUCAGGCGAUUGAUCUUUUGCCGGAUAAUUCGCUUGUUGGGUUCAUCACCUUUGGGACCUACGUUCAUGUGCAUGAACUAGGGUUCGGGUUGAUCCCGAAGACGUAUGUUUUUAAAGGCUCCAAGGAGAUAUCGAAAGAUCAGAUUCUUGAGCAGAUGAAUUUCUUUGCAAAGAAGCCUAAGCCAAUCACCGGCGUAAUUGCCGGUUCCAGGGACGGUCUCACUGCCGAAAGCAUAGCUCGCUUCUUAUUGCCUGCAUCUGAGUGUGAAUUUGCUUUUAAUUCGGUUUUGGAAGAACUUCAGAAAGAUCCUUGGCCUGUGCCAGCAGAUCAACGGGCAACAAGGUGUACAAGCACAGCAUUGAGUGUGGCUGCCAGUUUGUUAGGAGCUUGUGUUCCUGGUUCCGGAGCUAGAAUCAUGGCAUUUAUUGGGGGGCCAUCAACAGAAGGGUCUGGUGCUAUUGUAUCUAAGAGUCUAUCUGAACCAAUUCGUUCCCACAAGGACCUAGAUAAAGAUUCGGCUCCCUAUUACCACAAGGCUGUAAAGUUCUACGAUGGAUUAUCAAAGCAGCUUAUAAAUCAAGGUCACGUUCUGGAUUUGUUUGCUUGUGCUCUUGACCAGGUCGGGUUGGCUGAACUUAAAGUUGCAGUUGAAAGAUCUGGGGGGCUUGUUGUGCUUGCAGAAAGCUUUGGUCAUAACGUUUUCAAGGACUCACUUAAACGUGUUUUUCAGUCAACUGAAUCAAGUUCCUUUAACCUUGGUUUAUCAUUUAAUGGUAUAUUUGAGGUUAACUGCUCCAAGGAUAUCAAAAUUCAAGGCACUAUUGGACCUUGUGCAUCUCUUGAGAAGAAAGGCCCUCUAUGCUCUGAAACAAUUGUUGGUCAAGGAAAUACCAAUGCUUGGAAGAUGUGUGGCCUUGAUAAAACAACAACUUUAUGCUUGCUAUUUGAGAUUGUGAAAAAGGACAGCACAGAUGCUACUGGACAACCCACAAGCAAUCAAUUUUAUCUCCAAUUUUUGACUUACUAUCAGCAUAACAAUGGCCAAAUGAGACUUCGUGCUACAACACUUUCCAGGAGAUGGGUUGCUGGACCUGGCAGCAUACAGGAAUUAAUUGCUGGGUUUGACCAAGAAGCAGCUGCAGUGGUUAUGGCACGCCUAGUUUCUUCGAAAAUGGAAACUGAGGCUGAAUUUGACCCUAUCAGAUGGCUGGAUAGAUCAUUGAUACGUCUAUGUUCUCGCUUUGGUGAUUAUCAAAAAGAUAGUCCAUCCUCAUUUAGCUUAUCUCCACGGUUUUCAAUAUUUCCACAAUUUAUGUUCCAUUUGCGACGUUCUCAGUUUGUCCAGGUUUUUAACAAUAGCCCAGAUGAAACAGCAUACUUCAGAAUGAUCUUAAACCGAGAAAAUGUUUCCAAUUCAGUUGUCAUGAUUCAGCCGUCAUUGAUAUCUUAUUCAUUCCAUACGGGCCCAGAACCAGCUCUCCUUGAUGUGGCUGCCAUAGGUGCUGAUAGGAUCCUACUACUGGACUCAUAUUUUACUGUUGUUAUCUUUCAUGGAGUGACUAUUGCUCAAUGGCGAAAAGCUGGAUACCAAGAUCAAGCAGAACAUAAGGCAUUUGCACAAUUGUUGCAAGCUCCCCGUGAUGAUGCAGAUGCAAUACUCAAGGAGCGAUUUCCAGUUGCUCGAUUAGUUGUUUGUGAUCAACAUGGCUCCCAGGCCCGCUUUCUUCUGGCAAAAUUGAAUCCUUCAGCCACAUACAACUCUACCUCACCUCCACCAGGAGGAGAUAUCAUUUUCACAGAUGAUGUCAGUUUUGAGGUCUUCUUGGAUCAUCUUCAGAGGCUAGCAGUUCAAUAGUAAUUCGGUGUUCAGUGAUACAGGUGCUACAGGCUCAGAAUACCCGACAUUGUUGGCUGGACAUCCUACUCACGGAAUGCAAAGAAAUGAUGCAGCGCCUCCAUCGCUUGAAGCUGAUCACAUACAGUAUGGAUGAAUCCAAUCAAGCAACAGAUUGGGUCACUAAAGAAAAGAUUUGACGAUGACAUGUACACUUUUUGUCUUUUUGUAACCCCUCCAAGGGGGGCCGCUUCUGGAGAUCGAGAUGUAGAUGUGAGCGGUUUAUGCUCUGUCUCAGUUGAAUAAAACCAUGUUUAUCAUGAAAAGUAAAGACUAAUGCACACAUCUCUUUGGCAUGCAUGCAUACGUAGUGGAGUCAAUAUAGCCCCCUUUCUUAAUACCGCCAUUUGGUUUACAUAAUAGUUGCUCUGAAAUUAGAUCAA